AUGUCCGUGGAGCAAUGCUCCUCACUUACCCCUUCCCUAAAGGCAAAAUUGCAAAACGCCGGUUUCCUGUGGCUUAGAGAUUUAUGUCGGUGUGCUCAAGGCGGUGUUGAAACAACAUUCAACGUAGGAAAGUUUUUGGAUGACUCUCACCUCAAUGCUGCGGCGAAGCGCCUACAGCAGAAUUGUUCACAACUCACACACACAGAGGCGAUUGAGACGGCUCGAGUCGUUUUACCUUCCGCUGUUUGCAGGACUCCUGCUAUUCGUACGUUACGAGAAUUGCUCGAUGCUGAGGCAACCAAGGGCAUAGAAAAUGUAACAACACUUUGCCGGAGUCUUGAUAUUCUUUUGGGUGGUGGAUUGCAAGUGGGAACCCUUACGGAGAUUUGUGGACCCCCGGGAGUUGGUAAAACACAACUGUCAAUGCAGCUGGCGGUGAAUUGCGUUUUGCCGAAGGAACUUGGUGGGUUACAGGGCGGGUGUUUGUUUAUUGACACGGAGGGGAGCUUUUUACCUGAACGGUUUCGGGAGAUUGCAUCAGCUGCCGUGGGGCAUGUGAGGGAAAUCGUACUACAACGUGAGAAAGAAGGACUCGGAGCAGGUAAUGUUGGGGUGACAAACGAGGAAAACGGUGUGAGGCAGGCAUCUUUCCUCAAUGGUGCGAUGAAUGAGGUGACAGCAGAGCAGACGUGCACCACGUCCUCAGUAGAAUCUCGCAAGAGGGGAAGGGUUGAGGCUGCGGUCCCACCCCCGCUUGGUGCAAUAGUUGGCUCUUUCACAGUAGAUUAUAUUCUUCAGCGAACACAGUACGUUCGCGUGUUGGAUGUAGUGUCUCUUAUGGCACUGCUGAACGGACUUCCCGCGUACAUUGCCUCCCACCCAGGGAUCCGAAUGGUGAUCAUCGACUCUAUCGCAUUUCCCUUUCGCUCUUUAUUGCAGUUGAACGUCAACUCCAACAGUGGUGGCGUUACUGAAAGUCACGGGGCGGUGGGCAAGAGCGUGGCCGGCGUUGAUGACUCAACCGGCAUGAACAGUGGCAUUCCGACGUCUAGACAACUUGGCUGGCAGCGCGCAAGGUUGCUAUUCAGAUGUGGACAGCUACUGCAGGAUCAUGCACGAGAGUUGAACCUCUGUAUUGUAGUGAGUAAUCAAAUGGCAACACGUAUGGGGGAUAUUCGUGGUGUGGAUGGCGGUUUCCGGACUCUUGUGCCAGCUCUAGGCGAUUCAUGGGCGUACGCCCUCUCCACACGUCUUCUUCUUACUCAUCAGCACGAUGUGCUGCAUCACAAUGAAAUAGAAAAGCGAGGAGAGAAGUGCCAUGACAACAUGGUGUUCGUGAUGCCGUCAGGACAGGAUAGUACCACCAGCUGCAACGAUUCUGAUGGCGGAAGUGGUAGCAAGCGGCUUCAUGCAGCUCAGCACCGUGUGGCACGGCUCGUAAAAAGCCCCGCACAGCCGCAGGGACAGUGUUGUUUUUCCAUAAGUCAUAGAGGUGUGCGCGAUGUUUUCCGACCCACUCUUUGA